AACGUCGUCGGCUCGACAGUAUGUGAUUUGAAAUUUUCUCUUUUCGCGCCGAAUAUCACGUGACCUGAACGAUCGACGCGACGCCUAGCGGAAUAACAAUGGUACUAAAGGCGGAUUUUUCUCGAAGAGAAAACAAAACCGGCGUAGUUCGAAGGAAGUCAUUGUCUUGGUUACCUCGUUGGAAUUUCAUUAAGGUUACAUCAUGCCCGAUAAAAAUAUUCAAACGGAAUCUCGAAAAAUACGACGAGAUUUCACAUGUCAGACUAACGAAGACGGUCAUUUGGGAGAAUAUGUAACUUAUUCGAAGAAGACACAGAUUUCUGGUAAAAGUUGGAUGGAAUUUUUGUGUUCCUGUCCGAAAAACAAACACAUAAAAAAUGAGAACGUAAAGAAGAAAUGAAAAAAAGAGAAAAAGAAAAGGACAGGACCGUAACGAUAAUUUGGGAAGAAGAAAUUUGUCAGGACCUUUCGUGCUUCGCUUUAACCAUUCUUCGAAUAGAAGAAAGAUCCGAAAGUUCGAAGCAAUCGAUUGAAUUACCAGCGAUAAGUAGCAGAGCCAACUUCUUCACGUAUUUCGAAAGUAUACUUAAUACGUGAUUUUACGUAGCAUAAAUUAGCAAGUGAACGGUCGUUAAUAGACCAGUGCAGCGGCUCUGAGGAAGGAGAGGAGAGAAAGAGGAAGAGAGUUAAUAGUGAGAGCAAAAGAGACGGAAGAAGGCGCUAUAUGCGUUGAGGUACCAGCACGAGUGCCAGCUAAGAGAAAGAAAGAGAAAGAAAGACAAGCGUUAAAGGGAGAAGAGACGUCUAAAGAGAAAGAGGACUGACCGUGUGCGUGUGUGUACGUGUUUGUGCGUGCGCCUGUCGAACUAAGCUCUUUCUAUGUGUUUGUCUGUGCGUGUGUGUAUAUCUGUGUGUACUAUAUAGUGGGAGUGAGGAGUGAGGAGGAGGAGGCGAAGAAGAAGAAGAAUAAGAAGAAAGAAAAAGAAAAAAAAAGGGGUGCUAGAAGACAUUAAAAACAUCCAACGAGAUGCAUUUUCACGGUGGCCUAUUGUUGACGAUCUUUCUAAUCGUCCUUUCAUGUCCUUUGACGCUUCGGGCACGAAGAGUCGCACCUUUGAUGGAGGACGAUUGGGCCAGAAGGCCCCAUCGAGCUGCCGAAUGCACCUUUGGAAAGCAGAUUCGAGAGUUGGGUUCUACCUGGUUCGCGGAUUUGGGACCACCAUUUGGGGUUAUGUACUGCAUCAAAUGCGAAUGCAUUCCGGUGCAAAAGAAACGACGUAUCAUCGCUAGGGUUCAAUGCCGCAACAUUAAGAAUGAAUGUCCGAAGCCCACCUGCGACGAACCAGUCUUACUUCCGGGAAGAUGCUGCAAAUCGUGUCCCGGUGAUUACAGUACCGACACGGUUCAGGAUCUACCAGCUCAAUUGACGUCGGAGGAAGAGGAACGAAGCUUAAAACAUUUCGGUACGCUGUUAACCGGAAAAACGUCCCAGGCAAUGCGCCGUGACGACACAGUGCCAACAUCCAAUUAUAACAGCGCCUACAAUUACUUAGCAACCGGUCGUUUCACGUUCCACCGUAAGAAUUUGUAUUAUUCGUUCUACCUAUCAGCUGGGACACCACGACCAAGGAGUAUACAGUUCAUCGAUGGUUCCGGUAGCAUUUUGGAAGAGCAAACGAUCGAUGCCGCAGGUGGUGUUUAUCAGAAUGCAACAGGGAAAGUGUGCGGUGUUUGGAGACGAGUACCAAGGGAUUACAGAAAGUUAUUACGAGAAGAACGUCUACAUGUAUCAUUCAUUUGGGAACCGUGCGCCAGUUUGACAGGACAGUUGUCUCGUUAUCGAGCGUUAUCUACCGAACAAUUUACGUCCUUGUUGGAACCAACUAUGGGGGUUGACAGAUCGCUGAUGUCAGGAGCAGGUGGUACAGCAAUCGUUUCGGCGUCCUCGGCAUCGGCACCAUCCAUCCACGUGUCUCUCGUCUUUAACGGAGUCUUUCUACCAAACGACGUCUCCGAAGUACCGAUAAUCGUUCAACUCGAACACGUUGAGAAGGAUUACGUGGUAUUGAGGGAAGAAAUAGUGGUUAAGAAGCCAUCGAACGAGUUGAACUUUGGCGAGGUCCGAAGCGCUUUGUCAGGAGCUGAUCUGCGUCUUUUAACGCGAGGGAAGUUAUCUAUCAGUAUAAUGUCUAGAAGAGAUCCUCAAGCUUUGAGAUUGUCCGGUAUGGUCGGUCCACGUGUCAGCUGUGACAUGUAUCAGACGUUGUUGAUAUCGGAGAGUCCCUCGAGAGCCUCUGGAUUGGCUUGGGCUUUUCUUGAUCGUAGUGGUGCCUUGAGAUACGGCGUUAGAUUGAUCGGUUUGGAAGAGGAGAGCCCAUUGGUAACAUUGGUCGACGAGGGUGGGAAACGUCGUACAGAACUCGAAGACCUGACACCAUCUUUACGAGACGGUUUUGCUAAUGGUACACUGGAUCGACCUGGGCCACGUUUCCUCGAGCCAUUGUUCAACGGUGAACUCUCGGUCGUCGCAGCUUCUCACCUAGGUUCGUUGUUACGUGGUCGUCUUCUUCAAAGGCCUGUUGCGGAUGCCAGAGACACAGCAGCACCGGUUUUGUUGAGAAGACUUACCGAGGAUUCCCAAUAUCCAGCCCCUACAGCUUUGAUUUGGACCGCGGUUGAUCUCGAUUGCGCUCUUCAUUACGAACUCGAAAUAGCUGGAUUGGAACAACCCAAUACGAGCUCGAACGGGGAUCAAGAAGCACGUACUUUCCGUUUGUAUUUGGAAACCAUGCCACUUCUAGCUCAGGGUGCUCCAGUCGCGAGGAGACUCCUCGAGGAAUUUACAGGAAACGUUCUCGAGGGAUCCGUCACUGGACUCUCACCUGUAGAGUUAUACAGGAUCGAGUCUGGCAUCGGCUUUCUCGAAGUGACGGACAAACAAGCGGGCAGUUUACUGAAGGCACCAUUUAAGGCCAGGGCACCUCUCAGUUGUCUUCCCCAUUACGCUGACAACGACGUUGCCUCGGUCGUUGCUUACAAUCUUCAUCCACCAAGAUCGGAAAUCGAAACUGGCGCUUGUUUUCAUGAGACCAGAUUCUACGAGGAGGGUACUCAAUGGACAUCCGCCAACGACCCAUGCUCCAUGUGUCACUGUUAUCGUGGAUUGGCUCAAUGCGAUCCGGUACCUUGUCCAGUCCUUGCCUGUCCUCAGGGCAAACAGCUCAAACCAGCGGCAGGACAUUGCUGUCCUAUCUGCUCGAUUACAGCGACGAAUACUACUACUACCAUUACCACUACCACUAUCACGGGCAAGAGCAACGUCACUUACGUAGGAAGAGGUUGCAUACUAGCCGGUCAAUAUCAUCCAGCUGGAGCGUCCUGGCAUCCUUAUCUACCCCCAGUUGGAUUCGACACUUGUGCCGUUUGCACCUGCGACGCUGUCACGUUGGAGGUGAAAUGCCCGAGAGUGCAGUGUCCGCCAUUGGAUUGCGACGAGAAGAUUGCCUUUAGGCCGGACAAAAAGGCAUGCUGUAGGCAAUGUCCUAGCACGACACCAAGUUCGGCUACUGCAUUAAACGGCAAUUCGGAUGGGAUGAGUUUGCCGCGUGAUCAGGCGGCACCCUCGACCCGUCGUUCACCCGAAGAAAUUUUAGCAACCGGUGGUUGCAAGUAUCCACUUGGUGGACCGUACGAGAACGGUAUGGAAUGGCAUCCAAGAGUUCACUCUCACGGGGAGAUGAAGUGCGUCAAGUGUCGAUGCAAGAAUGCCGAGGUCAGGUGCGAAAGGAAACGCUGUCCAAGAUCUCUCUGCAACUCGAUAGCGCAUCAGAUAAAACGAGGCGACUACACCGUAGCAGACGCCGACGAUUGUUGCACGGCACAAUGCCGUCGUUCGAGACGUCAUCAUCGUAACAACAAUCAUCAUCCCCCGAGGCAUUCGGUCUCGCCAAGAGAAUUGAGCUGAGGAUGGACAGGAGGACAGAUUCUUUCUUUAAACGAGGAAGAAGCAAGUUUUUUUUUACUCCUCAUCUCAAAACCGAGUGACUCGUUUGUUUCUUGUCGCUCUUAUUAUACAGAGAAAGAACUCUUAUCUACUUUUGCCGCACCACUGUUACGUGUAAUAUUUUUAAUGUUUAACGUACACACACACAUAAUGUAUGUAUAUAUGUGUGUGUGUGUGUGUGUCCUAAUCCUCGUUAAUCGAGGACCAAUUUAAUGGAAUUCGGAAAAGUAGAGAACGAGAAAAGGGAAAAAAGUAUAGGGUCGAGUAUAUCGAUUCUUACUGGGUAUCCAACACGAUGGGAAUGAAUGGAGAGAAAAAGUUCAUGAACACCAAUGAAAGAAAAAGCGAGGAGACUCUCUCUCUCUCUCUCUGUCUCUCUCUGUCUCUAUCUAUCUCUCUUUCUCUAUCUCUUUCUCUCUCUAUCUCUCUCUCUCUCUCUCUAUCUCUCUCUCUCGUGGUCUUCGUUCUCGCAAUCGUUCAUACGUCGGACCCCAUGGCACCCAGAGGCCCGCAGCCAGACGUUUUAUUAAUCAAUUGGCUCUCAUCAAGAGAUAAACGAAACGGAAGCUAAACUGCUCUCUAUUUACGAGCUACUAUACGGCACGACAACCUUUCCAACAAAAAAAGAUUAAAAAAAAGAGAAAAUGAA